UUGCUUUGGCUGCAUUAUCCUGCUGGAAGGKGGGCCUCCASUCCAGUCAUGACUCUUUUGCUGCCUCCCAUAAGUUUUCUUCCAGGAUCACCUUGCAUUUAGUCCCCUCUUUUAUUCCCAUCAACUUUAUCCACCUUCAUCUUGUGUAYUGAUCUAAAGYAUCSCCAUAGSAUGAUGCUUCUAACGCCAUGUUUUAUUGUGAGGAUGGUGKGUUCAGGGGGAAACGCAACAUCAACUAAACAGCAUUAAACAUGCUCGGUUCCCUCUAUGCACCCGUCACUGUGAAGACAGUUGAAUGUGAGGCUGGAGCUGGGAGUCCAAGAUGGACGYCAGUAAGRAUGGCAGUGAAGGGUCGUGGUCACCCUCGCCCUCCAACACCGGCUGUCAUAAAGGCAUUGUUGCAGCCUGCAUCAUCCUUUUCCUUAUCGUUGGCAUMUUUGCAGGCCUUGCUAUUGCACAUGUCCCCAACACGCUGCAAAAAGCGUUGGUUAAGAUCAUAGACUCCAAGGCGUGCAAUCAGUCGUCUGUGUACAGAGGUGCUAUUACUCACAAAAUGAUGUGUGCUGGAUUCCUGCAGGGGAAGGUGGACUCCUGUCAGGGUGACUCUGGAGGGCCCCUUGUGUGCGAGGGCGGCCCCGGGAGGUUCUUUCUGGCCGGGGUGGUGAGCUGGGGUGUGGGUUGUGCCCAGGUCAACAGGCCUGGAGUUUAUGCCCGCAUCACCAAGCUCAGAAACUUUAUUCUAAAAUACACAGAUCCAGCUUUGGUCAAUGACCAAGUAAAGCUUGUUCCAACAAUACCAGCCCCRUUGACCAGUAAGUCCUCUGAGAGCCUCCUAGUGCCUCAGGGUGUGGCAAUGGAUGAACCUGCUGGAGUCCCUCAAUCUGCCACAAACUGCAGUGAGAACUUCCAAUGUGGCUCCAGUUUGUGCAUCAGUAAAGUCAACCCGGAGUGUGACAGAAUCCCCGACUGCCCCAAUGAAGCAGACGAGAAAAACUGUGACUGUGGUGUUCGUCCUGCGCUGGGUGUUCAGCGGAUCAUAGGUGGAGUCACGGCUCGGCGGGGAGAGUGGCCGUGGAUUGGCAGUCUGCAGCACCAGAAACAACAUCGCUGCGGCACCACGCUCAUUCACAAGAAGUGGUUACUGACUGCUGCACACUGUUUUAACAGUGAUUCUAACCCCACUGAGUGGGCCGUAAGCCUCGGGUCUGUGCUGCGGUCUGGGUUAGGCGCACUGGUUAUUCCCAUACAGAGAGUGAUCGUCCACCCGGCUUUUAAUGGCACCAACAUGGACCAUGAUGUGGCUCUGGUGGAGMUGGCAGUCCCGGCCCCGGUGUCCUACACCAUCCAGGCAGUGUGUCUUCCCUCGCCGGUGCAUCUCUUCCUGGAGAACUCAGAGUGCUACAUCACAGGCUGGGGAUCCAUGAAGGAAGGAGGCUCUCUGACCAACCUGCUGCAGAAAGCUGCCGUGAACAUCAUCGAUCAGGAAGACUGUCAGCUGUCAUAUAGCAACGUGCUGACACCCAGCAUGAUGUGUGCCGGAUUCAUGGAGGGAGGACGGGACACCUGCCUGGGGGAUUCUGGUGGGCCGCUGACGUGCCGCCAUAACUCUGGCCCGUGGUUUAUCGCCGGUGUGACCAGCUGGGGACACGGAUGUGGACGAACUGGUUUUCCAGGGGUUUAUACUCGGGUGACCUCUGUCAGGAAAUGGAUAUCAACACACCUACCUUUUUGAUGAGGGAGGGAAAAAAACUGUAGAGAAAAACUUGCAGAAACAGUGGAUUUUACUGAUACGUCUUCUCCACGUUCCCAUACUGUACAAGGACUAAAGUCAUGCCAAAGGCCAGCUAAACAUUUCCUCAGUUAACAAAACACUGACCUAUGUGUCAUGGGUGCUGUUUGCAACACUGUGCCUAACCUGGACCAUUCAGCAUGUACUGACAAAACAAUCAUCAGCUGUGGGUAACUCACUACCAACAGUAGCAUGAUUAAAGUUAUUUAUUACACUUAUUUAUUUUCUUGAUAGGUAUGAAUACUGGUAAAGGUGCUGUUUGUGUUAUUUUUAUACUGUGUGGCUUUCUGAGAGUACACUGACCAGCCUCAGCAUUAAAAAUCACUGAUCAUGGAUCCGCUUAUUGCAGUGCAGCAUGAUGCUGGAGAUCCCUGCAUCCUGACAUGUUCUGAAUUCCUGCAAAGUUGCACCUUUCUACACAAUAUUAAUGUCUCAGGAAUGGAACAAAACACAAUUUUAUAUGGCCUCCAAACUUGGAUUGCAACCCGAUUGUGCAACAAUGGGAUGUACAGUAACAUUAUAGGAGUUCUUACUCAUUUCAUAAAUAUGUUUGCCUCCAUACCUCAUCUUUAGAGGUAAUUUGUUUUUUUUUAAAGUUGGAUUUUUUAUAAGUUUUCAGUGAGAUUAAGAUGCUACAGGCUUUUUACUCAUCUAUCCCAGCCAAGCUAACAAAUUUAUCUGAGGUUGUUAUAGAGGCCUGGGGUGCACAAACAUUCGGCUGGUGUUCAAUGUUGUUGAUAAACUGUGUACACUGUUCAUUCAUUUAAAGGUUCAUUUAUCUUUCUUUAGAAUUUCAGUGUCCUAUUUUUAAGAAAAGAUGGGUUUUCUUGAGAAAGUGUGUGUAAAAAAUACUUAAGACUAAAUACUUAAAACCUGUAGUGUUCUUUCAAUCACACUUGAGACACAGAGAAGAAACCUGAUUAACCAGAUUUAUUUUUUUUCCCAAUUAAAAUAAUUUCUUUUUGCACACAAAUCCUCUGCAGUCGGUGCUUACAGGCUUCUCUCACUCAAACUAUGCAGAUGGGUUGUACUUCCCCGUACACCAGAGCAGCUACACACACACAGAGCUGACAACGGUGCUGUAUCCUGACUGUGUGAAGCAGAGCCUGGCUGAAACAAGCCCACCACUGUGGAAGGGCAGCAGCUAGAGUAACACAUAGGAAACAUGUCAGACAAAACUGUUUUGUUCUUCAGCUGUAGCUUGAUAUAGGCUGGCUGGAGGGCUGUGAAUGUCAGCUGUGAGACUUUAAAGUUACAGUUAAUGUUGCCAACAGGUCCACAUUAUGUUUAUUGCAACUAGGUAAUACGUUUUGCUUGUUUAUGCAUUAGCUCAGAGCCCCAGUGGCAUUCUUAGACAGGAUUUCAGGUAAAAUCCUCUCCACCUGAAGGAGUUAGCCAGCUUUAUCCAAUAAUAUUAACACAUCAACUGUCAGCCAACUUAGUCUAAGCCAGAUUUGUGAGCGUCUGAGGAGGAUGUAGCUGCAGGCAAAAUGCAUAACUAGAGGGGAAAUCAAUUAAAAAGAUGCAUAGAUAUUGAGUGGCAUGUGUGAUUUAUAGUGUAAAAGCAUAAGUUCUAGGAG